AUGGCGGAUACGUUUGAGGCGGUAUAUGCCGUUCCUAUGGAGUGCAAUGCCUGCGUUGAUGCGGUUUCCAAAGCGCUUGCUGGAGUUGAUGGGGUCACCAGAUAUGACAUUGAUCUUCGGAAACAGCUAGUGAACGUUAGCGGUUCAGCAGCUCCUUCGAAAGUGGUAGGAGCAAUCCAAGAGACCGGGAAGGACGCCAUCAUUAGAGGUACUGGUAAACCAGAGUCGGCAGCAGUGGCCAUUCUUGAAUCUUUUGAUCCUCGCGACAACUUGGCUCCGGUUAAAGGCCUCGCCAGAAUGGUCAGCGUUGGAGAGCAAUCUCUUUUGAUCGAUUUGACUUUGAAUGGAAUGGAAAAAGGGGUGUACUAUCCAUCUAUUCGUUCGAGUGGCAAUAUUUCCAAUGGCGCCCAUUCAACCGGCAAAACCUUGAGAAAAUUGGACCCGAUCAUCGUGAAUGAAAAAUCAGAUAAUUUGAAUAGCUUAUUUUUUGGCCAAAGUUUUGUCAAGGUUCCUUUGAAGAUCAGUGAGUUGAUUGGUCGUAGUGUGGCAAUCAGCAGAAAAGAAGACGAAUUGUCUGAAGAUUCGUUAGUCGGGGUUGUCGCUAGAAGCGCUGGUAUCUGGCAAAAUGACAAGCAAGUAUGCAGUUGUACAGGCAAAACUAUCUGGCAAGAAAGAUCAGACGCUAUACAUCAUGGUAUCAAAAUCUGA